GAGUCGUCUUAGGACUACCUUGCAGUGAAGCCUAGAGGGCUGUGUCCUGGCCUUUUGGCAAGAUCAGGCCAACUGAGGAAAAAGCAAGGUUAUUGCACUUAAGAAUGAACAUUGAAGACAAGCUGGGAGGAUUAUUUCUUAAAUGUGGUGGCAUAGACCAAAUGCAGUCAUCCAGGGCUAUGGUAGGGAUGGGUGCAGUAUCUGACCAGUCUGGAGUGUCGGGAGAACGGCAAGAGGCAGUGCUUCAAGAUCGGACUAUGGCGCACCAAGAAAUUCUUGCAACAGAUGAAGUGUUACAGGAAAGUGAACUUCGACAGCAAGAGAUGAUUUCACAUGAUGAACUCAUGGUCCAUGAGGAGACGGUAAAAAAUGAUGAUGACAUGGAUACCCAAGACAGACUUCCUCAAGGGCUGCAGUAUGCUGUUAAUGUCCCUAUCAGUGUAAAGCAAGAAAUUACCUUUACUGAUGCAUCUGAACAACAGAAACGAGACAAAAAACAAAUACGAGAGCCAGUAGAUUUGCAGAAAAAGAAGAAAAGAAAACAGCGUUCACCAGCAAAAAUCCUUACAAUAAAUGAGGACGGAUCACUUGGUCUGAAAACCCACAAAUCUCAUGUUUGUGAGCAUUGCAAUGCUGCCUUUAGAACCAACUACCAUUUACAGAGACAUGUCUUCAUUCAUACAGGUGAAAAACCAUUUCAGUGCAGUCAGUGCGACAUGCGUUUCAUUCAGAAGUACCUGCUACAGAGGCAUGAGAAGAUUCAUACUGGUGAGAAGCCAUUUCGUUGUGAUGAAUGUGGUAUGAGGUUUAUUCAGAAGUAUCACAUGGAAAGGCACAAAAGAACUCACAGCGGAGAGAAGCCUUACCAGUGCGAAUAUUGCUUACAGUAUUUCUCCAGGACUGAUCGUGUGCUGAAACAUAAACGUAUGUGCCAUGAGAACCGUGACAAGAAACCGAACAGAAGUGCCACCAAAGUUGGUUUUUUGCCAUCAGAGGAAGAUUCUGGUUUCUCUACGCCUAUGAAAGACAGCUCCUUGCCAAAGAAGAAAAGACAGAAAACAGAGAAAACAAAAUCUGUAGAUAAGGAAAGUACAGAUAAGUCAGAACAGAAGAAGGACAAAAAUGACUAUUUGCCUUUGUACUCUGCUAGUACUAAAGUAAAAGAUGAAUAUAUGGUAGCAGAAUAUGCUGUUGAGAUGCCACAUUCUUCUGUCAGUGGAACGCACUUAGAAGAAGCAAAUUCUGGAGAAAUACACCCACCUAAGCUGGUUCUCAAAAAGGUUAACAGCAAGAGAAGUCUGAAACAGCCACUUGAGCAAAGUCAAACCAUUUCACCUUUAUCUACCUAUGAAGACAACAAAGUUUCAAAGUAUGCCUUUGAUCUUGUGGAUAAGCAAGGUUUGCUGGACUCUGAAGGUAAUGCUGACAUUGAUCAAGUGGAUACAUUACAGGAAGGGCCCAGUAAACCGGUACACAGCAGCACUAAUUAUGAUGAUGCAAUGCAGUUUUUAAAGAAAAAGAGGUAUCUACAAGCAGCUAGUAAUAACAGUAGAGAAUAUGCCUUGAAUGUAAGUACCAUAGCAUCUCAACCUUCGGUAACGCAGGCAGCUGUGGCAAGUGUCAUUGAUGAAACUGCCACAGCAUCAAUAUUAGACACACAGGCAUUGAAUGUUGAAAUUAAAGGUAACCAUGACAAAAAUGUCAUUCCAGAUGAGGUACUGCAAACUCUGUUAGAUCAUUAUUCACACAAGGCUAACGGACAACAUGAAAUAUCUUUCAGUGUGGCUGACACUGAGGUAACUUCCAGUAUAUCAAUCAAUUCUUCUGAAGUAUCUGAGGUCACCCAAUCUGAGACAGUUGGAACAAGCUCUCAAGCUUCCUCAUCAGAUAAAGCUAGUAUGUUACAAGAAUAUUCAAAGUUUUUACAACAAGCUUUGGACAGAACUAGCCAAAAUGAUGCCUAUUUGAACAACCCAAGCCUUAAUUUUGUGACUGAUAACCAGACUCUUACAACACAGCCAGCAUUUCCUUCCAUAGAGAAACAGGUCUACACAUCUAUACCGGUCAAUAGCUUUCGAUCGGGAAUGAACUCUCCUUUAAGAACAACUCCAGACAAGUCUCAUUUUGGACUAAUGGUUGGUGAAUCGCAGCACCCUUUUCCCUUUUCAGGUGAUGAGGCAAAUCAUUCUUCCUCCUCCUCUACACAGGACUUUUUGGAUCAAGUAACUUCUCAGAAGAAGGCAGAGGCACAGCCCGUUCAUCAAGCAUAUCAAAUUAGCUCCUUUGAGCAGCCCUUCAGAGCUCAGUACCAUGGGGCAAGAGCUGGAAUAUCUUCUCAGUUUAGCACUGCCAAUGGACAGGUGAACCUCCGGGGACCAGGGACAAGUGCUGAAUUCCCAGAAUUUCCCUUGGUGAAUGUAAAUGACAGUAGAGCUGGGAUGACUUCUUCACCUGAUGCCACAACAGGCCAGACUUUUGGCUAAGAAAUCUUUGUAAAUAAUACCGGCACUUUAGAACACAUUUGUCAAAACGGGGUUGCUCUAUAUAACAUGGAGUUCUGUACAGCUUUUAAGAGCGAUAUGAUAUGUUAAAAAAAAAAAAGUAAGCUGAUAUUAGCAAGACCAAUAACUGCUUUUCUUUUUUUUAUUUUUGGUUAGUCACCGGUCAUUGAACUGCCUGAUGUGUUGCCCCCUAUCAAAGGCAGUUUAUUAUUCACUUGUUUGAGUACAGAAACUAUUUUACCUUCUAUGAAAUUUAAAAUAAACAAAAUCUGCAGGUAAGACUUUCCCCCAUGAUUGUUUCCUAACUCGUUUCCUUGUAUGCUUUGGGAGGACAGUUAUUGUCUGGUAUUAUUCAUAUUGUCAUUUCUAAGCUUGUCAGCAUACUCAUUGCUCUUCAGCAGGGAAUCAGCACAUACUAAACAGACAGAAUAAACUAUAAGUUUCAAGGUCAAGCAAUUAUAGCUUUAAAAGAUGGUAUUUUCUAGAAGUUCCUUUCUUCCAUCUUUGUCAAAAGUAAUUUUAGACCAUUUGCCCUUUAUUUUUGCUUUGCAUUACAUUGAGUUGUGUUUGGAGGAAAAAAUAAAUUCUGAUAGAUUAACUUACUAUUUAAAAGCCUAAUUAAUUUAAAAUAUUUUAAACACUUUUUUUUAGCAAAAUACCUAACUGCUAAUGUCUUUACUUCAUUCCUGAAGUAAUGUGUAUUUCUUUGUACAGCUGAAUCUAGAUGUAACUUUUUAAUGACUUUUUCAUAUGCAGAUAUCAAGAUUUUGAAGUUUUAGUUGAAAUACUCUGUAGAUGACAUUCCCAAAUACAUAAUGCUUACACAAACUGUGUAUUCCAAGAUUUAAAAGCUUAAUUGUACCUUACCCUACAUAUUCAUAAUGAUUAACAUAGAGCACUUAGUUUAUUUGAUAGUUUUUGAUUUCUCAAAAAAUAAAACUAUUUUAGAUUUUUAGGUUUGAUAUGGUUGCAUCAUUGUCAUCUCAUACAACUCCAAUUAUUUUAAUAUAAAUUGAGAUUGGUUAUUCUUAGCUUCUGUAAAAACUAUUUUAAUUCUCUGUCUAGAAUUUUGACAAUUAAGAUAAUUAAAUUUACUGAAGUAUCCCAGAAAGUUGAAGAAGUGGGCAUUCAAAUUGCAUACUUUUUAGUGUUUUCAUAGUGAAAUUCAUUACAAUUUUACCAAGCAAAACUGUUGAAUAAUGCUUGUGAACAGAAUUUCUUUUUGAGCACAGAUGAGUGAUCAGAGGCUUUCAUUGCAUUUCACAAUAUAAAUAAACUACAAACUUUAUCCCUGUACCAUGAAUAUGUUUUUUUGAAUAGUGCUUUGUCUUGAAGUAUACAGUAUGGUACGAUAAGUAGUUCUGUGUGCAUUUUUAAGGUUGUAAGGUUUGAGUAGCAUAACUAUUGUGUAGUUUAAGUUAACAAUUUACAGAUUUUUAAACUGUAUGUUCUAUUGCACCUUCCCUAAAGGGACACUGUCUGGUAGUUUAAGGCAGUUUAAGCCUAGCAUAGGCUGAUUAACCAGGGAAAUGCUCGCACCCACGCACACACGUGCGCACACACACACACACAUAUAUGUGUAUAUAUUUAUAUAUAUAUAUUUUUUAAAUAGGGAUGCAUACAUCCUUUUACAGCACUAUCGCUACCUGGUGUCUCUCAAAUGAAGCCAUCAGCUAGUAGAAAAAUCUGCGUCCCAAGAGGCUAAAAUAUAUCCUGUCUUUUGAAAGGACUUGAGUGGGACACACAACACUCCCCACUUCUCCCCAAAAUAGUAGCAAUAUUUUUCUUAAGUUUCCUUGUCAGGAACCUAGUAUCUCCAAAUCCUCUCUUUUCCAGUAUGGUAUGGCUAAUAGCGCACUAAUUUUACUUGGUACAGUUGAGGAAGAAAGUGCAUUUGUAAUCUGUGGCUUGCUUCCUGCAUUGCUAGGAAACAUAACUUACGUAAACUUCUUACUUAAUACUUUUCUGUAAGAAAACAAAUUCUGUUUGAUUCAUUGAUGGUGCAUAACUGGUGUAUAAUAUAGGAAGAUGUUUCUGCAUGCUAUCACUUACCAGUUAUUUGGUCUGAAGAUUUGUCCCUGAGUUAAGAAGAAUGAAUAUCAAGGGAGAAUCCAUAUGGAUUUUUAAUGAUUCAUGUAAGGAAAUUUCUUUGAAAGAAUAUUUUAAAUCUGGUUGAUGUCUAUUUGGUUUUCUUCCUUUAUGACCAAUUUGUUUUUUUGAUCUUGCACAGACAUAAUAAAUAUGGCCCCUGUAUCCCAGGAAGCCUCUUGCAAAGCAUGUUUCAUUUUCAUCAUUCAUCUCUGGGAGAUCCUAGCUUUUGCUGCCUGAAUAAUACUGUGUUGUUAUAGUGUCUUGUCCUUGCAAAUAGAUGGUCAGUAAUAGCACUAUUUUUUAAAUACGACAAGCAGCAAAAGCAAAAAAAAAAAAAAAAAAAAAGCAAAAAAAAAAAAAAAAAGAAAAAGAAGAGUUUUGGCUAGGUUAUCACUGCACUUAUCUGGCCCCGUCGGGAAAUAAGAGAGAAUGAAGCCUGCUUGUCACUAAGCAGAUUGAUUCAGCUUUGUUUAUAAAAGUUAUGGCUGUGCUACUCUGAUGUGAGAAAGCGAUAGAAGAACAGGAAGAAGUAGCUCUCCUCACACUUAAAAUUGCCACUUGGGUGCCCGAGUAGUUAUUGUACAAAGCGAAAGACCUUGCUCUUCCCCAGAGCAAAACGGGAACCCUCUGAAGACGUGCGAUCCCUCGUGUCGCAGUUGGUUCUCUAGUCUGCUGCUGAGCCAUUACACCUCUCCCCGUGCCUUAAGACAGACUGUGAAGCCCCCGCCGAGCCCGCAGCGGCUCUCGGAGGUUCUUCACGCGUGCAAUCAGAGUGCUGGUGUGUGUAGUUUAUCCACUGAUGCUCGAAGCUUUCUGUAUGGAGGAGUUAACCAAAUAUACUGCUAUAAUUUCCUGAAUACAUACCUUUUUAUUCUGGAAUAAGAGUGUAUGUAGCUUUGGGAGGUUUCUCUCUGUAAAAAGCGCUCGCUUUUUUAAUGACUACAUUGUUUUCAGACAUUUUCCACUGCCCACGUUUUGCUGCUUUUACCUCGCUACAGAUGCACACUCUUCAUGUUGAUCUGGUCAGUGUUCAUUUUUGUUAGUUUUCCAUUUAAGCUGAAAGAGGUGGAAAGAAAGUGGCUUUAGUUUUCUGUUGAUGUGCUGAUAUUCAGUCAGCGUAAGUUUGGGGAUAGCAUUUGUAUUCUAUAGAGCUAACAGCAGAAGCUUUUAGAUUUAGGUCAUGCAAGCACUGAAUGUGUGUGUGUAAGGUGACUUUUUUUUGUGGAUAUCUCCUAGUGAUAGAGAAAAUUAAUUUUAAAAAAUAGGAAAUUGAUAAUAUUUAUUAACAAACUCCCUCUAUAUAUACAUGUAUAUGUAUGUGUGUGUAUAUGUAUAUAUACAUACACACAUAUAUUAGGAGGCCAUAUUUUGUACCUAAAUUACUUGACAGUGUCCCUUUUAGCAUGAGUCCUUUGAUAUGUUUUACCAUUAAUAUAACAGACAAUGAAGGAAUUGGCUUGUAAUGGUAUACUAAUAAGUAUUUACAUUUUCUUCAUUUGAUUUGAGAGUGAAUUAAUCAUAAAUUACAAGGUUUGGGGAGAAGGAUAACAAUGUGUAUCACUGUAUGUUGAGUUAUGAGUAACAAUAUAAAAAUUCUAAAUUGGGUGAUAAAAGAACUAUGUUUAUGAUCUUGUGUCUUCUAGUGUUGUCUUAAUGAAAAUUGUGGUUCCAGAAGAAAAAUAAGACAACAAAAUCUUCAUGUGGAUUAACACUUUCCUUACUUUUAUAUUGUACUUGUCAGUUUUUUGGAUGGAGGUAUCUCUUCAUUAUUAAAUGAGAAGUACAGUAAAAUCUUGCUAAUUUGCUGACUGCUAAUCAAAGCUUCCAGUAAGUUUUACACAUCCAUGAUGGUCUCUCCCCACCUCUCUGCAAAGUUCUAAAAAGUACUGUAGUGAGGUCUCACAUUAGUAAUACUGUAUUACUUCACCCAAGUAUACUUCAGAAUCCAUACUAGUAUACUGGGAGGUACAAGAAAUAGUGAAAACUAAAUUACAGUUGUCAAAAUAAAUGAACAAAGUAUGUUUUAUGAUGUGACAUCCUUGCUUUUGUUGCCUGCUUCUUCACUGUUUUCAAAGUUGUGAGUUAUAAAGGGUUUCAGAGUCAUUGCUGCAAAUUAUUGGGGUUCUAAUGUAACUUUUGGAGUUUAUCCUAAAGUAUUUGUGUUCUCCUAUGAAAACUUUCCACCUGGACAUAUACAGUGUAUUCCAUGCUUGUUCAAAAUAUUUUUAUAGUAUUUGUAUCAUAUGUAGUAACUAUUUGAAAUGAACCAGAAUAUUUGGAUGAAUCCACUCUGAAUUUUGCAGCAUUGGAUUUCUUUAUGUAUGUAUAUUUGCUAACUAAAUUUUGUUUAUGAGGGUUUUGGUUUAUAUUCUCGUUCAUCUGCUUGUUUGAAUACCAUUAAAAAUUGCAGGGAAAAGCCUAAUUUUCCUGGGAAACCAUUUGGAAAUCAUAACAGAAAUAUGCUUAUGCAGUUGGUACCAGUACCCAUGUGAACUUUCAAAUUACAUGUUUGGUACUGAAGCAGUGAAUAAUAUUACACUUUCCUAGUUUUAAAUGUUUUACUAAAAUGAAGCCUUGUAACUUUGAAAGUUCAUUCAACUUAUGGUAAUGCAUGUUUAUGUUAGGCAUGUAAUGCAUUUAGCUUAAACUCACAUUGCAAAGGACAAGUACUAAGAAAGUAUUACUGCUAAUGAAAUGUCUUUAAGUUAAAAUUUAAACUUUUGUUCCAUUUUAAAUUGCUUUGUGUCAGGGAAAUAGAUUUAUAGUUGCUUUUGCUAAACUCUACGUAUAAAACCUUAUGUUUCCUUUCUAAAAUUGUAUCUUUUGGUAGGAAACACAAACUGAGGCAAGCAAACGUUUCUAAGAGUUGUUUCUUGCUUUCCUUAAUCCAAUGGAUGGAAAGGUAAUAUUGUGUAAACAACAUUAUUUUAUUUUUUUAUGCAAUAUCAUGCUGUAAAUAUGAUUUAUCAAAUAAGGAUGUACCUAUGAUUGAAUCUUUGAUUCUGCACAGUUAGAGUUUAUAUAUAAAUAUAAAUGUGUCUUGACAAUCAAGGACUUAUGUCGGUCUUCCUUUAUGAUGUUUAUUAUUGUUAUGCAUUCCAUUUGUUUGAAUUGAGUACAAAUGUGGAAAUUUGUAUUGUCUGUAAAGUAUGUAAUGUUUUUAUAGCUUGUUUAACAAACAAACAAGAAAUCCUGUAAAUACGUACGAACUGAUCACAGCACCGCUCUGUUAGAAGGCAUAUGAUGUUGUACUGUUUGUAAGCAAUAAUACAGGACAGUGCUAACUUUACAAGUAGCGUAAGGAUAGUUCCAAAAAUACUUCUGGAGUUAAUAGCCUUGUUUGAGUUAAUGAAUAUUCUUAAGCAUUUAUUUUAUAAAUAAAUUCAAAUGUCCUCCUGCUGGAGUAAUAACGUUGUUUACACAGCACAAUUUUAAUUGCAGAGGGGACAGUCUUUAGAUCUAUGGCUUCAUCCAUACACACUUUGAGUCAGAAAUGAAUGGCUUGGCUGCACUUCUGCAAGAUGAGGAAGACUGCAAAAGUUGAAUAGCUGUGUCUCUAAAGGAUGAGAGAUACUAUUCUGCUUCUGUGCUGAUUCCUGACAAUUCCUCUACUUAAAUUCGGAGUCUUUAAGUCCCGAUACUGAACUGAUGAGACUUGGGCCUCCAAAAGAAAGGAGUAGUUCUCUUCAGAUUUCAUAUGCAGAUAAGCAGUGAACUUACAAGUCACAUUUCAUUUGGGUUGCUUAUUUUUCAAAUUCUGAGUUACGAGAAAAUGAUAUGGAUUUAUUCAAUUACUAAAGCAUCAAACUUUUAGUUUGACUUGAAUAGGUAUUAGACUGUGCAGAGCAGCAUAACUAUUUGAACACAGUCAUCACUGCUUUAGAACCUCCCCACCCCCAAUUUAUAAAUGUAUAUGACCUACAUUUUAUAGAAAAAAUGUUUUUAAAUGCUAGUCAUUUAUAUAAUAUGUGCUUUGAAGGAUUUGCUAGUCCACUUCUGUCACUUUUAGUACACUGGUAUCUUUUAUAUGUAAUGUAUGCUUUUUAUUAUUGUAGUAAAGCAUUUCAGUAGGAGGAAUUUUGCAACAGUAUGAGGGGCUGGAUUUUUCAUUGUCAGAAAUGAAUUAUACUGGACUUUGUCUGUGUAGUCUUGUCUUUCUUUUAAUGCUGUCUGGAAGGGAACUUGGUAUCCAAUAAAGCAAGUGACAUCCUUUUAUUUUGAAGGCAUACGAUGAAUUUGAAGAGAGGGAAACUAGUGCAAAAUCUAGUGUACAGGAAAAGAUAAAUGUGUUAUGAAAAA